AGUCGUAAGUUAUUAAAUGGCAGAUGGUACAUGUUUACAUUAUUUCUAACAGUAAAUUGACUCAUCUGCGUAGCUUACUGUAUUCGAAUAUAUGUUAUUUAUGUGUAUCUACUGAUAUUCAUACUGUAAAGAAAAUCAAUUCUCAGCUUCGCUUUAAUUAUAAUUCGUUGUUAUAUUGAAUUAUAAAAGUAUUAUCUGUUAUUACUUCUUUUCGCUAAUAUGGGUACUACAAGCUCCAAUAAGCGUGAUAGAGCAUAUUCUUCGGAUAAUGAAGGACCUCCUGCUUCAUGCAAAGAAGGGAAGGUGUUCGAAUUCAGCGCUGGAACCCGUAAAGAAAGAUUUCCGUGUCAAAGAUCUUUGGAUGAUUAUGAUGAUCCAUCCAGCUUUUCAAUGGACAAAGCAGACGAAAUAAAACUUUCAGAGACAGCCAAUACUUACGAAAAAUUACUCCCUACGGUAUUCAAAUGGAAUGGCGGAGGUAAAGAAGUUUACAUUAGUGGUUCUUUUUCCGAUUGGAAGCCAAUUCCCAUGGUACAAAGUCAUGGGGAUUUUGCUCUCAUUCUUGAAAUUCCUGAGGGGGAUCAUCAAUAUAAAUUCAAAGUGGAUGGCCAGUGGCAGCAUAAUCCCAGUGAACCCACCAUUGAUAAUGAGAUGGGUACCAAAAAUAAUCUAAUUUCUGUUAAAAAGUCUGAUUUCUUGGUAUUUGAAGCUUUAGCUGCUGAUAGCAUUGGAUCAACAUUUACAGGUUCACCACCUGGAUCCUAUAAUCAAGAAGUUCCACAGCACAAGCCUAAUGAGAAAACAGUUGGCCCGCCUGUUUUACCUCCUCAUUUGUUACAAGUCAUAUUAAAUAAAGAUAUUGACAUGUCUUGUGAACCAAAUUUGCUACCUGAGCCAAACCAUGUUAUGCUCAAUCACUUGUAUGCUCUGUCGAUUAAAGAUGGUGUUGUUGUCUUAAGUGCCACUCAUCGUUAUAAAAAGAAAUAUGUUACCACUCUUCUGUAUAAGCCAAUUUAGGUUGCAUAUAUAGCUGUGUUAAAAAUACACAUUAAUAUAAGCUUGCAGCAAUUAUUUUUUUCUCUAUAUUUUUAUUUGUGUAGCUGUUAUUGAGAUCUGAAGUUACUUUCACUUAUUAUUUAAUAGUUCAGUAAUAUGCAGUGAAAUUGUGUAUUUUUUACUUGCAUAUCAAGACUUUCUUAGAAAUAGUUUUAGUAUAAUUAUUAAAGUUUUUAUAAUACCGGGAAUAUUUAAUGAUAAAAUAAGAUUGCAUUUUGAUCUCAGUAUUAUCAACUAUAUAUACAAAAUAGAAGUAAUUCAUGUAACUUUUGUCAUAUCUGUAACUAUAAAAUCAUUGCAAUUGAAUUUUUAAUCAAUAAUAUGCAU